CGGUUGAUGCAUCGCUCAGUCAUUUUCGUAGAGGCCAACGUAUAACAACGAAGUGAGUAGCAACAAAGUACUGUCCAGAUGAUGGCCGUCGCUGUCUUCGCUUUCGCUACAAUAAACAGAAAAACAUCGCCACAACGAAACUAAAAGAACUUAUUCACUGCCAGUAUUAGCAAGUAAAAGUAAAAAUAAGCAAUUUUUACAUACUUAAACCAUACAACUAAAAUAUUAUAUGAAACGCGCAAUUGUAAGAAAAUAAGAUUUCGGAAAAAAAGUCAACGAAUAUAGGCGGUGGUUUGUGCUAUUUUGUUCCAGGUGAAUUAUUGUGGGUGCUAGCAAAAUAGUCAAUUUUAAAAAUUGCACAUUAUACGUACUUGUUGACCGUCGUCCGCCGUGAAAAAAACGAAAUCACUGCCAACGCAAGCAAUCUACGUAUAUAUGUAUGUAUGCAUGUGGCAAACACAAAAGAAAAAACGUGCAAAUUUAAAACUAAAUAAACACAGAGCCUCAAAAGUACAUGUGAAAAAUUGUGAACAACACUAAACACAUGCAUAUAAAAUUUAACAAAAAAGAAAUCCAACCUUUCGAAUGUGAUAAUUUUUGCCAGAACAGCUGUAAAGUAUAAUUUUUAACUAUUUUAGUAACUGGACCCUAAUUGCCAUAUGUAAAAUAUAACAGAAGUUCAAAUUGUGAAUUUAGUUACAAUUGAUUUACUACUAUGCAAAUUACGUUUAAAAUAAAUAUACAAAAAGUUUAAGUUCAAAAGCAAGCGCAAAAGUUAAAACAUAACAGUGGAUCAUAGCCAAACUAUCGAAACAACAACAUGGAGAUGCGUUCAAAACUUGGUAGCUUCGAGCUGAAAGACUGUAGUGCCGAGAGUGCCGCCGAGCGUUUACUUUCAAUUAUACAUACAGAACCAGUUAAGGUAAAUCGUAAACAUGGGGCCAUUUCCUUUUCAGAAGCAUUAUCGCUUACUGGUUUCGGCAAGUUCAAUUACUUUCUCAUCUUCAUAUGUGGCAUGAUUUUGGCCAAUGUAUUGUUGGAGACCGCAGCGAUGGGCUUUGUCUUACCAAUUGCACAAUGUGACUUAAAUCUUACGAAUCAGGACAAGGGCAUAUUGAGUGCCAUCAGCUUUGCUGGUAUUAUUACUAGUUCGCAUUUGUGGGGCUUUUUGGCGGACACAAAGGGGCGCAGGCGCGUGAUUCGACCGACUUUGCUGGCAGGCUUUAUAGUUACGUUACUGUCAACUUUCUCGCACAGAUUUUGGGUUAUGGUGAUGUUGCGGUUUAUAAAUGGAUUUUUCGUCUCUGGCGGCUCGGCCACAGUUUAUGCCUACCUAGGCGAGUUCCACACAGAUAAAACCCGUUCACGCGCUAUGAUGGGCUCUUCAUUCAUUUUCGCCAUUGGCGCUAUGAUCUUACCAAUGAUUGCCUUUCUUGUUAUCAACCAAGACUGGAUUUUGCCUAUGCCAUUCUUGGGCAUCGACUAUAAGCCAUGGCGUUUAUUUUUGCUGGUCUGCGGCAUACCAGGCAUGCUUUGUGGCUUAUCUAUGUUCGCUUUGCCCGAAAGCCCGAAAUUCUUGCUUGCGCACGGCCGCGAGGCAAAAGCCAUUGAAGUGUUGCAGAAAAUGCAACGUUGGAACGGCGGCACUGAGGAUCUUAAGUUGAAACAUAUUCUUCCCGAAGAAGAACAACCCGGCUCAAUGAUGCAGUUGAACAACAAGUCGGCUUCCAAAGAGAAUUUCGCCACCGCUUUCAUGAAGAGCAUGUGGAAUCAGACCGUACCACUGUUCCACAAGCAAUACUUGCGAAUCACGUUGAUCGUUUGCAAUAUGCAAUUCUGGCUGUAUGUGGUGACGAAUGGCAUGUAUAUGUGGUUUCCGCACAUAAUCAACAGCAUGGUCGAGUUCAUGAAUAGCCACCCAGGCGAGCAUAAACAGAUCUGCCAGAUUGUGUAUGACAAACACGAGAGCUUAUAUAAGACUGAUGGUGUAAGUGGCAAAAAAAAAAAAAAAAAAAAUAUUUACAUAAAUUUUUUACCUAAAAACAAAAUAAAUACAAAUUCCACAAAUUCUUUACAGACAAUGGAAUGCGUUGCUAAGCUAGAGAAUACAACAUAUUUUUACUCAUUAAUCAUGGAAAUCUUAUACGCCUCCUCCUUUGCCUUCAUUGGUUUGAUUAUCAAUCGUGUCGGCAAGAUUACCAUACUUUUCAUUUCCAUGAUUUUCUUCACAUCGUGUGGCCUUGCCGCCGUUUUCGUCGUGGAUCCUUCGAUCGCCGCCUACCUGUAUGUGCUCUUCUUUAUAGUAGGCGUGGCUAUAAAUGUUCUGGGCGCGGCCACUGUUGAGCUCUAUCCGACACAAAUGCGUGCCAUGGCUAUAUGUGUUUCGCUGAUGUUUGGCCGAUUGGGCAGUGUUGUUGGUGCUAAUAUUGUGGGCGCACUGCUUGCCAAUAACUGCGAAAUGUCUUUCGUCGCUGCUUGUGCUGCUUUGUAUAUUUGCGCUUUCCUGGCGCUCUUGAUUCCACGACGAACGCUGGCACCUCCAGCUAAACCUGUUCUGGAUGAGGCAUAAAAGUGUGAACUUCUUAUUUUAAUAUGCGACUUAAAUGCGGAUAGCAGACUUAACUUCGCAACAAAUGGAAGGGAUACAAAAUACAGUUCUUAUAAAUUGUGAUCAAUAUUUGUAUGAGUCCUUGUGUGUGUGUGUGGUUAUUUAAUUAGUAGUUUGUGUGUAUGUAUGUGUGCAAGUGUGAUUGAUGAACUUAGAAAAAGUAUGAGAAUGAAAUUACAAAUUGAAUAAAGGAAUUGAAUGAUUUAAUAUACAAAA